GAGAAAGAAUACCACGGCUUGUCUUCAAAUACGAAUUGUAUUCUAGAUCACACUUGACUUCUAACUGAAUAAAUAUCAAUUAUUGAUAGUACUACAUAGGCUGGCAGUAAAUUGUAGAACAAACGGUUUUGGAUCACCAGUAUUAGAAGAGAUAUAAACGAUACUCUUCCUUAUUUUGGGUCUUUCAGAUAAUUAUCUUAUCAGUUAUUCUUUGCUGGAUCCAAAAUAUUAAUCCUAAUAAUAACUUGAUGAUUAUCAAGAUAAACUCUGUUCGUCAUAUUUUCACUAUUUCCCGGCUGGUCACCGGGGUCCCAUAGGGACAACACUACCGCGCGAAACAUCGAAAGAUGACCUGCGCACUCCGAUGCCCUUGACGGGUCGGGGCAUGGCUACCUCCUCUACGCUUACUGGUGGAACGGUAUGGUUGCGAGCUGUCUGGCGCCGCUUUCCUUCGCAGGGAACUCGCUCCUGUCGGAGGACUGCGAGGCGAUGCCCUUCCCCCCCUCCCUAACCGGGAGGGUCUCCACUGGAGCAACGCCUUGGCAAGGGGCUCCCGCGGGGCAGGCGUGGCGGUCUCGUCCAGCGACGACCUCUUCGGGGACGGUCGGGUCCUGGUGGCGUCUAGGUUUUCCGGCCCUUUGGUGGUGCUCCGCUGGCGCCUUGCCUUCGCUGCUUUGGCUCUUCUUUUUGGCGGUUUUACCUCUCUGCUAUUUCUUCGGGACUGUGGGUUGUGGUCAGUGAUGCAUUGGCUUUUCGGAAACAAUACGAGCGAGCGGCGGCACUGUGCAGGAGUGCCGCCGCUUCCUUCCCGCGCACCUGGUAAGUGCUGGCCUGCUGCUGUCGUUGAGCUCUCGCUCCAUACUACGACGCGGCUCGCCGCGGGGAGGUCCGGCGCUUUGGGGCUGCCUUGGCGCGGCGCGCCGGCUUCCGACUAAAUGCCCCCGACGAUGCUUCCCUGCUGUCUUCACCGCUGCACCUGCUUACCCUUUUUCGGUGUUGGUUCGAGGUCUCAGGCUUCUUCUUACUUACCAUGACGGCACCGGCAAACGCACCCGGACCGCGGCGCCUCUUGUUAGGACUCUCCUGCAUUUGCCUAGCGCGUCGCUGUGCUUCAGAUUCCGCCCACCGGGCCGUCUGUAGGUCUGUGGAUAACCGUCUAUCCUUCUCCUAAUAAUAACAAUAAUAAUAUUUUCACUAUUUGGUUGUGCUACGCACAAGUGAGUACAACAGUACCAUUCACCAAGUUUUGAGAAGUCACCGUCUACUCGAAGAUCUUCUAAAGGAAACGAAGGACACUCCGAAGAUCACCGUUUCUGAGCAAGAGCAUCGGUUCAACGUCUCGCAGCAACAUACAAACUAAAGCAUUUAGUAGUACAAGUACAACUUCAACUAGUACAACGGCGCAUCAUCAUUGAACAAACCGCAACAGCACUUCUCGAAGAUCACCGCAGCACGAGAAGAAGGCAUAGGGAGUAAAGGGGAACAAAUAAAGCGAGACAAAAUGAGAGGCAUUCGUCUUGUGGGAAUCCGGCGCGGCGACUUCGUCGUUUACGGCUUGACAGUAUGGACAUACUGCAAAUACAUGCUGGAUAAGAAUACCCGCCUAUGAAAAUAUAUUACUAUAUAAGCUGAUAAUGAUUAUGAUAGGUGGAGCUCUGACGUCAUGCAUCUUCAGAUGACAGCGCGAUACUUUGAAGGUCGCGACUCUUUAGAGCGAUAUCUUGUCCUGCUAAGUAUGUGAACAUAUUCGCAGGAGUACGGGCGGCCUGGUGAAGAACGACGCUGUAACUCUAAGUCUAAAAGUGCCUAUAUAUGAAUAUAUAUGAAAGCUUCAGCUUCUAAUGCGUAAACGCUGACGCCAACCGACACGAGAUCAACUUGAUGCAGCAAUGCAUCGAGUCUUUUUACACGGAUAUGGUCUUUUAUGGUAGUGGUUGUUUGAUGCAUAAAAUUUGAUUGGUGUUACUCCAAACCUUUCUGUACGAAGAAGAAGAAGCGCUACUACAUGCUUGAGCAUGCGUCUACUUCUUGACAGCACUCGACGUAGUAGCACCUCCUGCACUCCAGGGAUGGGACGACGGUUUUGGAUAACAGAGCAGUUUAUAGCACGCAUGGAGUAGCAUGGAGCGCAGAGCCAUAAGGGACGCAAGAAGCGCCCCCCUUAGCUCCAUGCAGCUCCAUGCGAUCCAUGCACUCCAUGCCAUGCGAGCGGGCAAACCUUAUAAAUUACUCUGGGUGAAUAAGACCACUACCAUUAUAGUCAUAUAUUACUUCGUCAUAAACCACUUAACUUUUAUCUACUUCCCGAACGAACUGCUAUGUAAUGUUGUCCUUUCUUCAUGCUAUUCCUGAAGCCCAAAUGGUCUUUGCGCGACUGAAAGACUUGGGCCUGGGCCUACACAUCCUGGCAGUCUCCCUCGACUUCUACAAAAUGCAGCCAGCCUAUGUCGUCACAACCGACGAAAGCGGCAGAACGAGCAUCCUCCUCAAGAGGGGCUUUCCAGGUACUACCUAGUACUACUUCAAUCUAGAAGUCCUUAAGACGACAUCGCCCUCGAGCUUGCUCAAUACAGUCGAAGGCCAUUUUCUAUCUAGAUUCGUUUUCGAGUAGACAAACUCCAAAACGCUUCUCUUCCAAAUUUUGUUCGUGAUAAAUUGCAACAAAAGGAAAAGCGCUUUGACAUCUCAGGGUUUAAAGGGUGGAUCAAUCCGUGCGACGGAGUGGACCGGUAUCCAGUGGCCAUGUGGGAAGACUUUGGCAAGUAUCUGGAUGGCCUAAAAACCGAAUCCCCGAGCAACAACACGAGCCCGCUCGUAUUCACUUUCCAGCGAGGACGCUACGGCACGGCUAAAGCGCUGUAAUCUUUUUUUAGAACACUUGGGUGACUUUCUUGCUUGCUGAGAUGAGCUUGGCAUACUAGUAAGAGACUGCCAUAGAAGCGUAAUACUAAAGUAAAAGCAAGACCUUGGUCGAGAACUGCUAUGCUGUAUAUUUUGCCCCCACGCACUUCUACAGGGCGUUAUCAUUGCUAAGAAUUUUCUGUCACCCAUCAUCUUAUCGCAUCGUCAUCCCUUUCAGGUAUGAGCGUCAGUUGCCAUUUUUUGAAGGAUAUGCCUUGGGAGAGAUUAUCCACAUAGUGGAGCUGGGUAUCAAAAAGGGGCUGCUCCGCUACGCUGAAGAUGGCCUCUUGAUUCCUGCCAGUGGUACUUUGUUGGCUUCUCUAAAGCACACGAAGAAGUGCAAAGGAUAGAAAGGAAGUUGCAUAACUCUACACUACACUACUAAGUAGACUACACUACACUACUAAGUAGACUACACUACACUACACUACACUACUAAGUAGACUAGUAGACUACUGUACACCUCUAGACUAGGCACAAUCAUCGCCAUCAUCUACUUCUUUAGCUCUAGCUGAGCUCUAGUUGUUAUAGUCAUCCGCAUCUGUAGUUGCUCUUCUGCUCUCCUUGUGAUGUGUCAAGUAGAAAUGCGUUUGCUUCCAUUCCUAUAAUAAAAUAAAUUGUAUUGUCAUGCUACAACUCUUUCAUCCUCCUAAAAAAUCUGAAUCAAUUUUGACAGCUCGUCGCGGCGUUCCGAAUGACCGGCGAGACCAUGUGAAGACUACGGAUGAGCUAAAGCAGAUUUUUGCGGGCUUGUUCCGGUACUAGUACUUACAUGUAGUAUAGUUUCGUGAUUUCUCAAACUGAAAGAUGAACUCCAACCCUCUUGUUAGUUUUUCCCAUCCUACCUCGACUUCUACCUCUUCUUCAGAAAAUACCCGAACGGUUUCAACCUGUCGACGCUGAAGAAUAAGUUCAAAGCGCACUUUCAAAAACGGCUAUGUGAAACGGCUGUAGGCGAUAUGAAGUUGCUCACUUUGGUCACGUCGCCCCUUCUUGGUGACGUUGUCAACGUCGUCAGUUAUGGGACGGCUUGUCUUGCUUGUUGUGAAGAUUAGAAGAAGACGAAAUCUCCAAUCAAGACCCUAAAAAUCUUGGCUGGAAGGGGAGUCCAGUGAAGAUUACAACUAGAUGCCAUCAACAGUCCCUAUACCUCUGCGUCUUCUUCUAAUCUUGACUGGAAGGGGAUUCCGGUUACUUCUGCAAGCCGACGGAUGCUCUGGUGCUCCAACUGAUUGCAGAGCAACAGAUUGAGACCAGUCACAGUCAGCAAGGUUACGAUUAUUAUACUUGUUGUGCAGCUUGCAGAAUGCUUCAGCUUCCCUGACCCGAAAUGUAAGUAAGGGAUAUGGAAGGAGGUAACAACAAGGCGGAAGAUGAAGCAUCUAGGUUUACAGUCUUGUAUGAUUUGUUCACUUCGGAUGCAUCUUUACAUCUUUUUACCUUCCCUUUCUAAUAUCAUCAACACGGAAGCCAAAGUCAAGGAGGUAACACGAGUGCAGCUGUCGCAACCAACAACAACAGCAAUCGUUGUGGUCAAACUUCUGGACGAGCUAACACGGGAACAAAUUCAGUGAGGUUUUGUGUUCAUUACAGCAUAUAAUUCUUGUUGACCGCUCUGCUCGAUUAGUAUAUCCCAUCAAGUACAAGUUGAAGUUCUAGAUCUCUAGUAUUAUCAACUACAACAUGCUCAUGAUCAUGAUGUGACGUAUUAUACAUAGUAGAAAUCUUCAGCACAUCCAAUCAUUUCCCAUGAUCCCUCCCUGUCGACUUUCUCAGAUCUCCCGUCAACGCAGACGUACUUGGUAAGCGUCAGGGAUAUGCAGACGAAUCUGAAUAAACGGUGGGACGAAAAACGACGAUAUAAUACCUUUAAAGAUACCAAGAAAAGGAUGAAGACGAAAAGGUGGAAUGAAUACAAACGGUGCUCGUGAAAAUAGUAGCUUCAGCAUUCUCCAAGUAGUCAGAUUUACUAAGUGAGAGCACGUUUUAUACGGUGGAAAGUCAGGCGCAUCAGGCUACUCUCUGUUACUCGUAUACAAAUUUGUAAUCGUUGUAUUAGACAGCAAUACUAAUUAAGAUCGAACUAAGAUAGACUCCAAAACAGGUAGUCCUGGUGUAAGUGUAAACAAAGGUGUUACUUGCUCAAGUAGGAAUUAGAUUCUGUGCCUGCGUUUUUAUGAAGAUUUAUUAACUUCUGGCUCUUCGUAGGAAGUCUUAAGAUAGAAGUCGCCAGGGAAAUCUUAGGCAGUUUGCCGAAUAGAUUCACCCACAUCAUCAAUCUCAGCCUCUUAAUACUCCAGUCACUCUUAGAAUGAUUGAGCGAUCUCCUCGUUGAUAAAUCAAGCUACGGAUCUUAGCAUCAACCUCUACCUUGAUUGAGGUUGUUCCUCUUCAAAAAUAGUAGCUCUCCUUCUUUACAUGGAAAGCCAGGACACUCGAAACGUAGUGUGUGCUUCAUUUGCGGUGCAUAGGAACGUGAUUAAGGUGGUAUGACUAUCAACCUUCAGGACGUUUUCUUCCCUGGCAGCUUGUGAUGCCUCGCUCACCAUCAAGUGGCCCGAGUACAUGUACCUAAGUAGACAACUCGGACAACUUAACGUUUGAUUUUCCGAAGUAGACAGAAAUAUAUAUAAAUAUAUAAAGAAUAAACUUACUCAGUCACUUAAAAUAAAAACUAAAUAACUUUAAUAAGUCAAAAUGAAGCGUUGCUUUAUGUAAUAGAAAUAGAGUUUUUUCGUUUCUCUUCUUGCUGUUCUAUGCAUCCUAAUUAAGUGGCGAGUUCACACCUCAUGCUAGGUAAAUGAAUGAAUGAACGAAGGCCGUUGUAUUAGAUAGAAAACGCAAAGGUCGUCAUAUACAUAUCAAACAUUAUUUUCCGAAGGCGUGCGUGUUUUUCCAAGCCAUACCAUUUUCCAAAGACCGUCUUUCUUUCCACGGCCAUACUUUCCUUCUACGGCUGCGCUAAUCCGCUCGAGUAUGCAGGUAAAGCUGUGGGCGGCGGACUGAAUGUUAAUCCUAAUCCUAAACUCGGAGCGUUUUUUGCAAAGACCUAACGACAUAGCCUGCGACUUGUAUAUAUACACGGAAUCGAGAUGAAGCUUGAUAUUGAUACGCAUGACAUCAAUAUUACUUCAAGGGUUGCAAUUCGGCCGCAUAUCGAUAGGUCUGCUUUAGCAGGUUUAGGCUAGCGCUCAAGCGGCCGAUAGGACUUUAACUUAUAAGCUCGUGCAUAUAUUUUUUCCGCUAAUGGUCCUUUUCUACGCAUGAGGUCACAAGGCGUUCCUGGCGUUCUUCAUUAUCUACUUCCACGAAGCUCCAGCUUUCUUGUAACAAACUACCUACAGACGCCGAUAAUUACCCAAAGGGUACCUUUUCCCUCUAUGUCCCUAGAUACAAGUCGCGUACAACUCCUGAUGGAUGAAAGUUGGUAUUGCAACUUUAUCUCGCCAGACAAAUUUUCACUCUGUUUCUAGAACGAGGAUCAAACGAGAAGAUGGGAAUAGGGGGAUGAAUAUUGAUCGAACGAACAAGAUCAACGUCAGUAUAUUAGCUAAGUACUUCCUCCUAAUACAGUAUUAAAAUUAUUUAUUAACUAAUACAGUUGUAUCUAUAUCAUUAUCAACUACUUCCUAAUACAGUAUGCUAACCACUUCCUAGUGAUAUUAGGAGUUAGUAGUGCCAGUAUCGAAGAAUAAAUUUCCGAUCGCAAUUUUUUUCGGGCGAUCCAAGAACUCAUCUGAAGUACAGAUAGCUUCUAGGCGAGCAAAUAGGAGCUGCCUAUGGAAGUAGACGAUGUUGCACCUGUGUCACUGACGACUGUAGUACAGUCGCGUGACCAGAAACAGUAACAGAAAAAACUACUAGAAGAAUAAUGAAAAGAUAAAGAAGAAGUCUAAGGUGGAGUCCUGAUCUCGAUAUUCUACUGAGUUAGUUAACUUGUUAUGAAGAAUCUUUCGCAUGAAGAACUAUGCCGCGAUGUUGUGCAAACAGUAACUUCGUACUAAGAGCUCCUCUUCCAUUGUUGCUAGGCUCUUCAGUAGCCGUCGAAGUCUGCCACAUCAGAUGGUGGAUCCCAAGCUAACCUAACCUAACCUAACGAAGUUCGUUUCGGUCGUCGUUAUUGGAAAAGACCUUUUCUACUACCAAAUUAUAAUGUGAAUUAUACUCUGAGGAGGUGACGUCAGACUUAGAGUCUUUGACUGUUCUUAUUAUUUUUUGGGAACCCAGCAGAUUUCAAGAAUCAGGCGAAAGGAAAGCAACAACAAUCAAUAUGCUAUUAUAUUCAUUGUUCUUGCCGUCCCCCCCUGCUACGACGAAGGGCCGUGGAUUCGGCUUCACUCGUGCAGGCAGGACUGCUGUGACGUGGCGUUUAGCCCAGACGAAGGGUAGCUACGCGGAAAAUAUGUAGGCAGGUUCUUCACGGAACUCGCUCGCGAUACAAAAUGGUAGCCGCCGCCGCCCAUUGAAUUGAGUUGCAUUUCUAAUGGAGUGCGCCACUCAUUUUCAUGAUCGCAAAAUCGUUCGUCGCUUAAGCUAAAGCUACCCUUUCACCAAUAUCGAUUUUUCGAAAAAAUCAUCCUAAAAAUCUUUCUCCGUUCGCAUUCCAAGGCUACCCCAACUGGGUUCUUUCAGCUAGUCGACAACCUCUUUAUAUUUUUAGUUUGUUCGUCAUCUUAAACUUAACUAUAGACGUCAGUGGUCGUAAAAACGCCUAUCACUCUUCCAUCAUUUAUACUUGCUGAAGGGAAGCGGGUGACCACAUUGGGUGCAUCGCUUAAAGUUCAAAAACAUGCUGGUUCGACUUACACGAAGCUCAACCCAGUUCUUUCUGUGCUUGAAAAAGACGCUUCAACGCUUUGUGAAAGCAAAGGAUAGCGAUAGAGCUUCAGAGAAAAUUAUCCCAAAUCACAAUGGCCUUGUUGUAGUUGUUUUUUUACUUAUAGCAACGCAACUGCUUUUAGAUGAGAAAAUAACAAAG